CAAAUGUUUGCGUUGUGUCUGUGGCACGGAGGGCUGCCUCCCCCGGCCCUCCUCAGCCUCCUCCACUCUCCAGCCACUAGUCUCGCUUUGUUUACGAAUCAGUGUGGCCGUCUCCGUCCCUUGUAAAAACGCCCACGCGUUUCAGAUUUAUAAAUAAAACUGCAUCUGACGACAUCCUGUAGUGUUGUUUACAAAAGAAAUAACAUGCCCACAAUUGAAUUUUGGCUUAAAAUAAAAAAAUAUUUGGAAGGCAAAGUUAGUGACAAAUUUCAAAAAAGUUAACAAUGUUUCGGCUUUCGUUAACUUGAACGAAAAUAAACUAAACGAACGGUAAGCUAGUCGUGCGUUGGAAAAUAAACAAAUAAACCAAACAGAGACCGCGCUUCGCGAGUAAAUUAUGGCGAUCUUCUGAAUUCCGCAUCCAAUAAUGGAUUGGCGCGAAAAACUUUUCGGUAAAGUGCUCGUGAAAUGCGAAUCAGUGUCACAGGGUGGCCAAUAUGACAACGUGCCGACAGUAGAAGCUUUGAAUGAUUGUGUGGAGGCAGGCGAAGGUGCUGUGUGCGGUAUUUACUUUUCUUUCGCGAACAUUAGCGAUAAUAGUGACGAUUUUGGUCUGCGUUUAGAGGAGAUUCAUAGACGAGUACACCCGCGGCUGCAAGUUGUUCAAGUUGUGUUGUGGGCUCAUGUCGGUACACCUGAAGGUCCGGUGGAGAGAGAGGCUGGUUUCUACAAGAGUCUGAUGGGAAAGCCGUGGUUUGCUGUGCCCUAUCAUGAUGUGGACAUAAAGCGCCGUCUGACCCAAAAAUACAGCAUAGCAGUAGGAGUACCCACUCUAGUCAUACGCGGGAGACCAGUAAGAGACGCUCUGUUGGAAGAUCCGCUGGGCGAAAGGUUUCCAUGGCCUGCUCCACCUUUAACGGAAGUCCUCAGAGGAAUUCAGCUUCAAGGUGAAGGGGAAACGAAGCUGUAUGAGGAUCUGCCUGGAGAUGCCUUGAGAGUAUUCUAUUUUGCUGCUCAUUGGUGUCCCCCAUGUCGGACGUUCGCUCCGAGCCUCUGCGCGGCGCUGUCAGCAGUACGCAAGCGGCGUGCGAAAUACGCCAACACGCAGCUCAUAAUCGUAUCCAGUGACAGAAGCGAGCAGUCGUAUAAUCGCACCGUGCAGUCUGUUGCCGCGGCCAACGCUUUGGCUGUCCCGUGGAGCGCUGCCGAGGCGCGGGGAGCCUUGCCCACAGCCCUGGGAGUCGCCGGUAUACCCGCCCUGGUCAUAGCAAACGGUGAUGGUACCGUGCUCACCACGAACGGCAGGCAAAAACUUGCUGCCGAUCCCACUGGCUUGAACUUUCCGUGGUCCCAGAGACCUCUUUCAGUGUUGACUGAACAAGCUCUCCUAAAGAUGGCCAGACACCCGGCCAUAGUUUUGUUUGUGGAUGACGAAGAUUCCGAAAUAGAAUUCGCCGAAUCGGUACUAACGCCGGCCGCGGAGUCGUACUACGAGGAAUGCAGCAUCCAAUACCCUGGAUUCUGCCCGCACCAGAGCUCUUCGGACGACGAGACCCUUGACUUCGACUACCCGCCCAGGAAAUCCAAGAAGCGACCGUUCAAACACGUCAUGUUCUACGUCGGCGUGGACGGCACAGACACCGCGGACAUGCUGAGAGAGCACAUCUGCUUAGAUGACGCGGUGCCACUGCUCACAGCCAUCGACUUCCCGAAGCAACGGAUGUUCACCAUGAAGUACGGCGAUGAGAUAACCACGCACUCGGUACAGAACUUCCUCGACGCUUAUCUGAGCGGCAAUGCAGACUUCAAGCCGCUGAAGCCUUACAGUGACAAAUGUUAAUUAUCGUAGACAAAUCGUUUUUUUUUUUUUUUUAUGAAUUUUUUUUUUUUUAUGAAUGAAGGAUUACUGAUGGCCCGGAGGCCUUUCCAGUUUCACCAGGACAGGUGGACGAGCAAAGGCUCAGCCAGGAGGGGUGGGAUUAGCGAACAGCUGCCCGAGCGCCUCCGAAGAAGACCUAACAACCCAAGAGCAAUUGUUUCGCGAAUUAAUCUACUAUCGGAUCGGAAUCGCGACCCGCUGAGAAGAUCCGACGAGAAACUCAGCGAGCUGAUAUUUGGGUUAGGUUGCACGGCGACCUCUUUGUCGAGUUCGACGAGUACGGUUACCGGGGUAAAUCAUUCGGAGCACAAAAUCGGCCGCCCAAAAAUUUUAUGUAAAUACAAUAAAUAUGCAAUGAUAUUUUUAAGAUUACCGACACGGCACAUCCACCGCUCAUACACUCGCGUUAAUCAGUGUGCUCAGUGAGAGUUCCUUAACGUUUUCGAUCGCGUAAAAGUUAACUUAAGUAUGGAGUUGGGAGAGCGCCCCUAGCGGUAAACGAAGGGAAGCUGUUCCAACUCCAUACAAAUUCAAACAAACUCUCACUAAGCACACAUACCGCUUAAUAAAACGACUUAGGUCUGAAAAGCCUAAUAGGAAGUACUAAUCAUCACAUAAAGAAAUAAUAUACUGUAUAUCGUAUGGUGAAAGGCUAUUUAUUUGUUUUAAGCGACAUUUCACAUAAUAUACAACAUUUAUCUUUGUAAUUAAUGUUCCGUUUUAUUUGCUAUUUUAGUGUCAACAAUUCGAAGUUUUUAAUUAAACUUUAUUUAAGUUCAACCCAUUCAAAUAGCCGAAAAAGUUUUUUUUGUUAUGAUAUUUUUUUCCAUCUUUAAAUGGCUCUGCUGUAAAAUUGCAAAAAUGUCCCUUAAACCAAUUACCCUUUCACCCUUCGACAUUAUAUAUAAUUAGAUAAACGCACAGAUACAUAUUAGAUCACUACUCACCUUUCUUCUUGCUCUAUAUGGAUAAGUAAGCAAUAAGUAGACUGAAAAAUUUAGCAAAAUGUUAAAGUUGAAAUUUACGCUACUUAGUAACGAACGUCGUGUUAAGUAGGUACAUACUUUUUCUUUAGCGCUGAUAGUAUGUGCCUAUUACAUUAUGAAAUGGAAAUCGUUCUUUGUUUUAUGUAGCUGGAAACUGAAUAAAUUAUUGGGAAAGAAA